AUGUUUGACUCCGCCUCGGCACAUCGUGGACCAUGGAAAGAUUCAAAGCCUGGCUUUAAGAGCUGGCUCUCAUCACGAUGGCAUAAUCCACGGUGGCGUAGGCGCGUCGUCCCCCGAAUCGGCGCCCUUUUAAUCACGACCGUUCUAUGUUAUACUGCCCUUUACUACCGCGGCGAGGACUUGGCCUCCCUCCGUUCUAUCGAGAGCACGGCCAACAGCACCUCCAUUCUCACCGGCGAUAGCGCUGACAGCAGCACGGUGACUCCUAUUGUCGAGCCGUCCUACCCGUCCGAUGACAGCCGAUUCCCAGGCGGCUGCAUGAAGUUCGAGGCGCGACUCUACAACAAGCCACAACCACUGUCGAAAGGAAAGUACCAGCUCCCGUAUGUGCGUCCUCCGCCGGCAUGCCGGACCUUCAACCUGUCGUCUCUGGAGGCGCUCAUCGACGAGAUGCGGACGACCAUCCACGACCCGGAUUUGUUCCGCCUGUUUGAGAACGCCUUCCCCAACACACUCGAUACCAUGAUCAAGUGGUACGGCUACGCCAACGUUACGGACCCAGACACGCAAGAAGACACGAUGACAGACGAGGAGCUCACGUACAUCAUCACCGGCGACAUAGACGCCAUGUGGCUACGCGAUUCAGCAGCCCAGCUGAUGUCGUACAGCAGUCUCCUCGUCGCCGACGACAGUGGCAGUGGAAGCGAAAACACGCCGACACUGGCUCGGCUCUGGCGUGGCCUUGUCAACAUGCAGGCCCGCCACGUCCUGAUCUCGCCCUACUGCCACAGUUUCCAGCCGCCGCGGGAGUCCGGCAUCCGGCCCACGCGAAAUGCCGCCUACUCACACAACCACCCGUACCCUCCGUACGACCGCACGCUCGUCUUUGACUGCAAAUGGGAGCUCGACUCGCUCGCCUAUUUCUUACAGAUCUCGGCGACAUACUUUGAAAAGACGGCUGACCUUGCCUUCUUUGGUCGCUACAACUGGAUCGACGCGGUCACGGCCGCCGUCGACGCGGCGGGCGCCAUGCGCGAGGGCACGUACGACGCCGAGGGCCACGCCCUCAGCUCCGCGUACACGUUCACGGGUUGGACCGACCGCGGCUCGGAGACACUCACCAACAACGGCCUCGGCAACCCGAGUGUCUCCAACGGGAUGGUGCGCACGUCGUUCCGGCCGUCCGACGACGCCACCAUCUUCCAGUUCCUGGUGCCGGCCAACAUGAUGUGGGCCUCGUCACUGGAACGCGCAUCAGCCAUCAUGCAGCAACUGGCCGCUCUGCCGUCAAGCUCCGGCUUCACCAAGCAGGGCAAAGCCGAGAACCUGACGCUCGUGAUGCGCCAGUUCGCGCAAGGCGUUCGCAGCGGUAUCGCACAGGAUGCGGUCGUCCGGCACCGCACAUUUGGCGACAUUUUUGCGUACGAGGUGGACGGCUACGGCAGUGUCAAUCUCAUGGACGACGCGAACAUUCCGUCACUGCUGUCGAUCCCUCUUCUCGGCUUCCUCGACACCCCCCUACAACAAGAAGGCAGUGGCGUUGACAGGAGAAGUGUCAGUGGUAGCGAUGAUGUUGGCGUUGACAAUGCCAAGCAGCAUCACGAGUAUGCACAGAUCUAUGCAAACACCCGCCGCUUUGCUCUGAGUCCGGCCAAUCCCUACUUUGCCUGGGGCGAAAAAAGCGGAUUUGCAGCUGUGGGCGGCCCGCACUUGGGCCCCGGACGAGCAUGGCCUAUGGCUUCGAUCGUGACGGCCCUGACCACAUACAUCCACGAUGUUGAUGGUGGCGAUCGCAGCAGCCGCGACACGAUUGUCGCUCUCCAGCUUAACAUGCUGCUCAACUCGACAUUUGGCACCGGUGUUAUGCACGAAAGCAUCGACACAUGGGCGCCUCAUGUCUGGACGCGGCCGUGGUUCGGUUGGGCGAAUGGCUUGUUCGGGGAGCUGGUCCUAGCCAUUGCGAAGGACGACAAGCAGCGGCAGGCGGACGAGCGGCUUCUGAGCCGAAGCUGGCAAUGA